AUGGCGCGUCCAUGUGUGGAUGUAAAUGGUAUUAUGAGGUGUCCAUGUCGUGAUUGUGCAAAUCGAUAUUUUCAUCAUAUUGAAUUGGUGGAGAGUCACUUGUAUCUACAUGGAAUUGAUCGCACAUACACUCGAUGGAUAUUUCAUGGGGAAGAAGAUCCGUGUAAUAUAAAUGUGACUGCCAACUUACACACUAAUACAAAUGCGAGGAUAGAGGAGGUUGAUGAGAUCCAAGAAUUGUUAGGCGAUGUUCAAAUGGGGACAUUUUUGGAAGCCAACAUAGGUGAAUCCUCUACUAGUCGGGGUCCAACAACUGACAAUCACGAACAUAGAACUGGUUUUGGUCGAUUAUGGGAAGAUGGCAUGGGUGAACUUUAUCCAGGCUGUGAUAAAUUUACAAAAGUAGCUUUUAUUUUGAAGAUGCUUAAUAUAAAGACGAUUUGCAACAUAAGUAACAAGGCAUUCGAUAUGAUUAUUAAGUUGAUAAAGGAGGCCCUUCCUGAUGGAGAGACUUUGCCAUGCUCCUACCGAGCAGCAAAGCGAUAUUGCCGGGACUUGAGUUUUGGUUAUGAGUCUAUACAUGCAUGCCAGAAUGAUUGUGUGCUUUUUUGGAAGGAACAUGCUGAUAAAGUACAAUGCCCAACAUGCAACACUUCAAGAUGGAGUUGUGUUAAGGGUAGCGGCAAGAAAAUUCCUCAAAAGGUCUUGCGGUAUUUCCCAAUAAAACCGAGGUUGCAACGAUUGUUCAUGUCGAAAGAUAUGGCCAAAAAUAUGAGGUGGCACAAAGAUGAACGAAAAGAUGACGGCAACACUCUAGGACACCCAGCCGAUGGUCUUGCAUGGAAAGAGUUUGAUAAAGAACAUGAAUGGUUUGCUCGUGAUUCCCGCAACGUGCAACUUGGUUUGGCAAGUGAUGGUUUCAACCCAUUUGGUAAUAUGAGUACCACAUAUAGCAUAUGGCCAGUAGUAUUAAUGCCGUACAAUUUACCUCCAUGGAUGUGUAUGAAGGAUCCAAAUAUGAUAUUGUCCUUAAUUAUCCCUGGUCGCACUGCACCUGGAAACGACAUUGAUGUGUAUUUGCGGCCUUUGGUUGAUGAUUUGCAUGAAUUAUGGAAUGAAGGUGUAACCACUUACGAUUCUUUGACUAAAGAGACAUUUCAGUUGCAUGCAGCGUUACUAUGGACCAUAAACGAUUUUCCUGCGUAUGGAAACUUGUCUGGUUAUUCUACGAAGGGAAAACUGGCAUGUCCGGUAUGUAACAAGGAUACAAUGUCUUAUAGGUUGAAGUAUGGGUCUAAAGAGUGUUACAUGUGUCAUCGUAGGUGGCUUCCUCAAGACCAUGUGUGGCGACAAGAAAGAGAAUUGUUCGAUGGUACAGAGGAGCAUAGAUUGGAACCUGAAGAAAUGUCCAGAGAUCAACUGUUGCAACAACUAAUACAUGUUGAACAUGUGCAGUUUGGGAAACAUAUUGGGAACAAGAGAAAGCAUCGCACAAGUGGUGGUGAUAUAAAUGUGUCGAAUUGGAGGAAGAAAAGUAUUUUCUUUAAGUUGCCUUAUUGGUCAACAUUGAAAUUACGACACAAUUUAGAUGUCAUGCACAUUGAGAAGAACAUAUGUGAUAGUAUCUUGGGUACAUUGAUGAAUAUUCCUGGGAAGACAAAGGACACAGCCAACGCACAAAGAGAUUUACGUGAGAUGGGUAUACGUAAAGAAUUGCACUUGCAGACAAAUGGUGCAACCACCAAGAUGCCAGUUGCGGCGUACACUUUGACAAGAGAUGAGAAGAACCAAUUAUGUGAGUGGCUGAAAUGUGUAAAAUUUCCUGAUGGGUAUGCGUCUAACAUUGGUCGAUGUGUGAACAAGCUUCCUGGCAGGAUAUCGGGAAUGAAAAGCCAUGAUUGUCAUGUUUUCUUACAGCGCUUACUUCCUGUUGCGAUCCGUGGAAAAUUAACGCCUGAAAUAGAAAAAACAUUGAUUGAGAUGAGUAAUUUUUUUACGCAGUUGUGUGCUACGGACAUUAAAAGUAGAUAUCUUGAAGCAAAUGAAGGUCGACAUUGUUGUGAUUCUAUGCAAGAUGGAACAAAUAUUUACACCAGCAUUUUUUGA